ACUGCCCCCUGGUGUAGCUACCUUGGUGUGCGGAUUGGCUGCUCCUCCAGCCAAUCGGGACGUGGGAACGAAAUGACGUACAGACGCUCAGCUAAAGAUGGCGUCAGAUUCAAACGGCUCCGGAAUAAAUGUUAAAGCUUCAUAAACUCGGCUCAGCUGUGCAGACAUGCAGGUGGAGCGGAGGAGGGAGCAGUCAGGCCGGGGAAGGCGCACCGAGAGCCGGCAGGGUUCUCAUACUGAAGCUGCCAGGAAACCAGAGCAGUUGAAAGACCUAAUCACCACCACGGAACAGAAGGAAAAGCAGACAAGAGAUGGAGCAGGAAUGAUGGAAAUAAAAGAAAAGGGUGAUAUGGAGCAUGGGAGAGAACGACUAACACUCAAAGGCAGUGGAGAUGGAGGGAGAAGGAGAGAGAGAGAGCAGGACGGCACGGGGAAGAGGGCAUCAUUAGAAGGACGGGACAGGAGCAAAGAGCCGGAGGGUCUGAGGAGGAGAGUGAACCAGCUGGAGAAAGAAAAACUGGAGCAGACAUCCAGACACAACCAGGAGCUGAGCAGGCUGGAGGCAGAGAUGACCCGGCUCAGGUCCUCAGUGGAGCGAGGUGAAGCUCAGAGGGUGGAGCUUCAGUACCAGCUGAGUGUGAGCCAGAGAGAUGCCGACCGAGCUGCUGAGCUCAGCAGAGACAAACAGGAACUUACAGAACGAGCAGCAGAGCUGCAGCAGACAGUGCAGGAGUUGCACAGAGCUCUGGACAUCACCCGUCAGGCCAGAGAUGAGGACCAGCAUGCUCUGCAACAGGAAGUUGAAGAGCACGACAGACUGAUUCAAAGCUUUGGCUCAGAGAACCAGCGACUGCAGCGGCUACUGCAGGAUCAAGAGGAGGCUCUGGAGGAGUUGGAGAGGAGGAUAGCAGAUGUGCAUAAGGAAAAAGAGAGGGAGGCCGACGUGAACAGAAGACAAGCUGACAAACUGAAAUAUCUGUCAGAGAGGGAGGAGAGGAGCAGGAGAGAAAAGGAGCUUUUAGAUCAGAGGGUGAAGUCUCUCGAAUCAAGCAUGGAGGCAGAGCGAGCGGCUCAUCUGGAAUCUAAGUUCACCUCCGAGCUCCUUCAGCUGCGGGUUCGGGACCUGGAGGCAGUGGUGGUGGUGGAGCGCUCCAACCAGCAGGAGGCGCUCUCCAACCUGGAGCUGCUGAGAGCUAAGUUCAGAGAGGUGGAGCGGACCUGUGUUCUGGAGAAAGAGCGGAGCGACAGCACUGAGCGCGCUCUGGAGCGUUUGCAGACAGAGCACGAGCGCAGUCAAUGUGAACAGAAUGUUGCCAUGGAGACGGAGAGGAAGACGACCUCUGACCUCACUGAGCGGCUGCAGGCGGAGCAGAGGCAGCUCGCCAACACGCACGCUCUCCUGGAGCAGGCGGUGAAGAGGCAGACGGACACAGAAGAGGCGUUCAUGGACUGUCUGGAACAGAUCAGACGGACUCUCCAGCAGCACAGAGACACAGGCAGUGGCAGUGCAGCAAAGGAUGAUGGGAGCCGGAGUCCUGCUGCUGAAGUCCUGCGCCUCCUGGAGACGACACUCUGCAGAAACCAGCACAAACUGGAGGAGGCACAAAAGCAGGUCCAGGAUCUGCUGCUGGCUUCAGAGAGGCUGCAUGAGGACAACCAGCGUCUGCGACAGUCGGGCUCAGAUCAGAGCAGGCAGAUCCAGGAGUCACAGCAAGUCUCUGCCAAACUGAAGGAGGAGCUGACGCAGCUUGGCCACAAGGCUUCUGAUUGGUCCACACAGGUCCAUGAGCUGCUGAAAGAGAGAGGAGAGUGGGAGCGAGAGAGGGAGGAACGGGAGCAGGAGAAGGAAAGAGAGAGAGAGGACAGAGCAGCAGAGGUCCAGGAGAUACGUGAUCAGAACAAAAAGGAGGAGAAGGUCCGACUGUCCUUCCUCUACCGUCUGUACCAGCGCCUGCUGGCCGGCUGUGUCCUCCUCGAUCAGCCCCAGAGCAUUGUGGGUGAUUUCACCUGGGAGGAGCUGUGUGAUGUCAUCAGUGAACAGGUUAAUCAGCUGACCUCUGACCUCCAGGAGGCCAAUGACAAGAUCAGCCGCCUGCAGCGUGUGUGUGAGAAGCAGCGUGUGUGUGUGCGAGAGCUGCAGCGCCGUCAGGAGGCUGUGAGUCGCCUGGAGGAGAGCGUGAGGAGGAGGGAGGAGGAGGCCACACACACAGUGACACAGCUGCAGAAGGAGCUGCAGGUGUGUCGUUCCCAGUGCGCCUCCCUCCAGGAUCGCGCCUCCUCUCUGGACCUCCGCUGCUCCUCUCUGACCUCUGACCUCUCUCGGGGCCGCAGGGAGUCGGCCUGCUUCUUUCUCGGCUGCGCCCUGCUGGCCGGGGCGCUCCAACACUGCCUGUGCCGCGUGCGGGCGCUCUGCGAGCAGAAGCGGCUGCUGAUCAGGCAGCAGGCGGGGACGCAGGUUCUGGAGGAGGAGGUGAGGAGGUUGGCUGCGGCGCUGGGAGGUGAGGAGGAGCAGGGAGGAAGGAGGGCGAGGAGGCGCUGGAGGAGGGCUGUGUGUGUGGUCCUGGCCGUCAGGAGGUGGUGUUCUCUGGCUAAAGGCACGGCGGUGAUGUUCUACUUGGAGGGAGGCGGCGGUGCUUCAGUCUGUGUCUGCGCACAUGAAGACAGCAGGCUGAGCGCGGGCAGAGCUGGUGGACGUGACGGCCUCUGUGCCCGCUGGCUUCACUCCAAGCUGCUGGCCUCCACCAUCCUCACCUCCAUGUGUGACCUGCAGGGGGCGCUGGCGCACACAGGUAGACCGGCACCCUUCACUAAAACAGACUCGGCUUUUCUGCACGUCCUUUAUCACCUCGGCCUCUUUUCAGGCCUGUCGCCUGUCGAUGUGACGUCAGCAGCUUGUUCAGGUUUGUCUCGACUCCUGGACAAACUGUUUGGUCGAGCAGAUGAAGCGUCAGGCAGAAUGAAGGAGGACACGCUGAGACUGAAGUCAUCACAGGCCAACAUGAAGGCCCUGGUCUCACGCCUCCAGCAGCACUUCCUCCUCUUCAGCCAAAGGCUGCACUCAGCAGAGGUGGAGCGACGGAGUCUGAGGCUGGAGGCGUCCGAGCUGAAGAAGGAGCUGAGGCUGGAGAGGAAGGAGAGGAGAGAGAGGAGAGAGAGGAUGCAGAGGACGGUGAGAAACGAGAGGAGGGUCCCAGCCGACCGCUUCUACACCGUGUGUGAGGAGCUUCAUCAGGCUCUGAGCAGAGAGCAGGAGGCUCAGGCGCUGAUCCAGCAACAGACAAACCAGCUGCAAACGCUGCUGCAGCGCGUGGACUCACACAGCUCAGCUCAGACCAACACACAGAACACACUGAGCCGGACCACAGAGGCUCUGUCAGAGGCUCAACGGGAGGUGAAGCGUAAGGAGCGCUCGCUGAGGAUUCUGGGUAAACACCUGUCAGGGGCUCAGGACGAGAAGAAGCAGCUGGAGGCGAAACUACAGCAAAAUGAGGACCAACUGAGAGACGCCUCCAGACGUAGGGACCGUCUGAUCAGCUUCAUGAAGGCUGCAGAAACGAGCUGCCAGGAGGUCAGGGACCGACUCGUCCAAUCAGAGCGCUCGCUGUGGGAUCUGCCCCGCCCUCUGCCUCUGGACGUCAGUGGAGCAGAGCUCCUUCCUGGAUCUCUGGAGGCGGCGGCGUGCCAGAGUCUUCACUCCGUCAUCUCUCAGCUCUUUCACACCUGCAGCUCCAGGAUGGAGCGUUUGGAGCAGGAGGUCUCCGCCCACCGCAGUCAUGUGACUGCUCUACGCAGCGAGCUGCAGGACGCCUGUCUCCAUGACAACCAGGCCUUUGUUCCUGUGGAGUUAGUCGACAUGGAAACGCUUCCAUCCGCUCCAUCCUCUGACUUGUCAGUCAGUUUAAACACAGCUGCCUGUAAACCAAGCUCCGCCCACUCAAAGACCAGCCCCACCCACUUCUCACCUCAAAUCAGGCCAAGAAAACUAUGAAGAAGAGCAGAGGAGGAAGGAGGUGACGGAAAGACCUCCUGUUGUAGCAUGAACGACACAAUGAUGUGAAGUUGUUGUCAUAGCAACCGUCCCAUUCUGUGAAAUAAAAAGCAGCUUGUAUGAGAAUAGU